UUAGUCCAGGACAUCAACAUUUCCCUGUGGCGAACACCAGAAGAUGUGAGGUCGGACAAAAGCAUCUUCAAAAAUCAGGGCGAGUGGGAGCUGGUGGGGGUGUUCACCCAGUUCCAGGAGUUCAGUCUAGAAACCAGUAACAGCUAUGCAGAAAUGAAGUUCUAUGUGGUCAUUCGCCGGCGGCCUUUAUUCUACGCAGUCAGCCUCUUACUGCCCAGUAUCUUCCUCAUGGUCGUGGAUAUUGUGGGCUUCUGUCUGCCCCCGGACAGUGGUGAGAGAGUCUCUUUCAAGAUCACGCUCCUUCUGGGAUACUCAGUCUUUCUCAUCAUUGUGUCAGACACACUGCCAGCAACCGCCAUCGGCACUCCCCUCAUUGGUGUCUACUUUGUAGUGUGCAUGGCUCUGUUGGUGAUAAGCCUCGCUGAGACCAUCUUCAUUGUGCGGCUGGUGCAUAAGCAGGACCUACAGCGGCCAGUACCUGACUGGUUGAGGCACCUGGUCCUAAACAGAAUAGCCCGGCUGCUCUACCUUGGGGAGCAGCCCAUGGCCCAUAGGCCCCCAGCCACCUUCCAAGCCAACAAGACUGAUGACUGCUCAGCCAUGGGAAACCACUGCAGCCAUGUUGGAGGACCUCAGGACUUGGAGAAGACCCCAAGGGGCAGAGGUAGCCCUCUUCCACCACCAAGGGAGGCCUCACUGGCUGUGCGUGGUCUCUUGCAAGAGCUGUCCUCCAUCCGCCACUUCCUGGAGAAGCGGGAUGAGAUGCGGGAGGUGGCAAAGGACUGGCUUCGAGUGGGGUAUGUGCUGGACAAGCUGCUGUUCCGUAUCUACCUGCUGGCUGUGCUGGCCUACAGCAUCACCCUGGUCACGCUCUGGUCCAUUUGGCAUUAUUCUUGAGUGGGCACAGCCUGGUAGGGAGAGGUUAUG